CAAGAGGACCAUACUAAUCGCAAUGCACAUUGACAACGCGUACGACAGACAACAACUUCGCAAAUUCCUAAAGUGAAAAUUGUGUUUUGCUGCAAAUAAAUUAUAGCCGCCAUUAUGUCUGAAUGUCACGAUGACCAACCGAUACCUGAGGCUGAAGAAGAGGAUGAGUUCCAGCUGCGAAGGAGAAGAAUUGCUAAAGUGUUUAUGGCAGCGUACGGCAAAGACUUGAAGAACAUUGAUCCAAAGAGGUUGGAGGAACUUCAGAGACGACGAGAGAUGGGCGACUUGACGAUGGAGACAAAGCCGGGGUCUCCGUAUAACAUCCAGACAUUGUUGUGGAUCUUAGGGUCCUUCGCUGUCCUGUACUACACAGAUCUCAUUCCAGCCAUCAAGGAAGAUCGUAGAAUAUACAGCACGUGGCUGUAUCUGGGCUUUAUUCUGAUGGCCUUUCACGUCAGUAUCGGCUCAUAUCUCAUCGUAUACCUGAGCUGGAUCAAGAAAAUCAGCGAUUGGGAGAAGGCGUCCCCCAUGGCUAUUCCUCUGGCAACUGGGUCCUUUGUCUUAGGGGGAAUUUGUCUCAACAUUGCUAUAUGGCCAGUGUAUGGUUUCCUGACUCCACUUAUGCUGUUCACACUGUUCAUGGGUGUUGUCGUCAUUGUCAGUCUCAUGCCAAGCAUAUGAAACUAUUUGUGUCUUUAAGAUCUAUAAUUAGACAGUUUGUAAAAGUGUACAUAUUUGAUUGUUAUUGUACAAUAUCGGUUUUUUUAAAUUUAAAUGAAGUUAAGUUUUUGUGCAGUUCUUUAAAUACCUAGUGCCUUAAAUUAUUCCAGACAAGGGCGUUCACGACUUCAAAAAAUUGAAAAAUAAACUCAGGAUUUCUCUUUAAGUGAUUACGAAUGUAUCAGAGAACAGAAAUGACUAUGAUGUAUGUUAUAAUACCAGGGAAUAACAAAAUAUAUGUGGUUACAUGUAGUUGUACAAAUCUGCAUAUGCAUUGUGCAUCAUAGGUAAAAAGCCAACAUUCCAUUUGUUUUUGUGGGUUUGAUGCAUUUAUUUAUUACUUUUUUGUUAAUUUUUUUUAUAAACAAGAUUUAAGUGAUCAGUGAUGCUUUGUGCUUUUCUAAGGCCGCAGAAUGCAUAUUGUAUUUGUAUAAUAUACACAUUACCUUACGUAAACAAUACAGCACAGAUGAUUAACUGCAGAACAAUAUUCACAGGUUGUCAGAAAGUAGCCUCUCUGAGGCAAAGACUUGAUUGAAACUGUGUUGUAAAUCACUCCCGUUCACAAAAGGUGCCGGGAAAACUUGACCAAUAUUACUGUUUGCAAUAUCAAACUGAAACAUUGUGGGGACAAAAGUUUCUCCUUCAUUUGGUUUUCAAUUAAAGGCUGUCCGCUCCUUCAAAAAUCCUCAUCUGCAAAUACCAGUAUUUCAGUUUUGAUUGUGAAAUUGUUGGAAUAUUUAAAAUAAUUGUAAGUCAAUUGUUAAACAAUUUUUGACUGAAAUAAAAAGAGUACACUUUUCAUCUAUAAAUUAA